GUACAUGGCUGUGAAUGUGCGCGGCCGCAGCGUUUAAAAACAUUUUUAGUUAAAUUGAAAUAUGGAUUUUGAUGAGCAAAUAAAAGGAUUUCGCGAGUGGGCAACCAGCCUAGGCUGCCCGCCCGCCGCACUGCCCAAUGAGGACGCGCUCAAAUCCAUAUCUAAAUCGCGUCAAAAUCAACUAUUUGUGAACAUGCAGUCGCGCAUUCAACCGCGCCAGAAUGUGCGAGAGGUGCGCGAGAAUUUGCUGAUUGCGCAGGUGGCGCAGCAUAAGGGAAAAGUGGUGCCAGCCUGUAGACGCAGUUUUCUACCACGCCAGCUACAAAUUCAUCUGAAAAUGCAGGACUUGCUCAAGGAGAAGGAAAAGGAGAAGCUGUGUCUCGCCGAGGCUAAGAAAGAGUACGAUAGCUUGGCAGCCUCUAUCAAAACAAAGAAUAUUCAAACGAUUAGCGCAACACACAAAAUGCAGCUGCACCAAUCCAGAUAUCAUUUACUCCAACUUAAGUUGGAAUCUCUUAACAAAACCUACGAACAAGAGCUCUCGAACAAGGCACAAAUCCUAUCCACAAUGCCGGUAAAACUAAAUCAAAAGAACGCCAGUGAAAAGUUGGCCACAAAGGCCGUGGAGCAGGCGCUCAAGGAGUUGGAACAAUUCUAUAAAAUCUGCAAUGCAGAUGGCCACAGUAGCCAACAACUGGCAGAGGCGAAGAAUCAACUCUGGUCGCAGAUGCGACAAAUCUUUGCAAAUAUACCAAAUGUUCUGCUCUUCAAUGCUAUCAUGCGCAUCAAGGAGGAGCAGCUGCAGCAAGUGAUGCAGCUGAACAAGAGCAGCCAGCACAUUGAGACCAUAAGCUCUCUGUCCAAGCCAAUGCUAAAUAGCUUUGACAUUAAAUUGCUGAAGACAAAGGCGGAGCUAUUGGGUCUAGUAGCCAAGCAUUUGUCAGCACAAAAUGAAGUUGCACAGCUGGAGGAGCGCUUCGCCGCUGCAUAUAGCACAUUCCUGAACGAGCUGCAGAGGAAAGUGAAUAAUUUCAAUGCAAUCAGCACCGAGGAGGAGGAAGAAAGCAGUGAAGAGAUCAUCUCUGAAUUUAUACUCCAAUACAAUUUGCGAAACUUCAAUCAUGCACGUAACGAAUAUCUCAGCGAACAGAUUGAAAAGCUUCGCCUGGAGCUGGAAGCGGGCGUGCGUCAAUUGGAAAGCCACGAGUUGCUCCUUUGCUCCAUCAAGCAAAUCUACGCCGAAAUCAAUACCUCAAUCAAUGGAAUAAGGCACGACAUGUUGCAGCUAUCGCAGAUUAAAGAGAAAAUUCUGUACUCCAAGAAUAUCUUGAAGAAUAUGCUGGAUGACAUGCAGGCAACGACGCACCAACAGAAUGCCAAAUCUCAGCUGUUCAACAGCAAGCUAAAAGUGGGCAACAUGUCGUACCUGGGCAUGGAGAGCUUCAGUCUGGCCAACGACAGCGUGUUCUCCAGCACAAAACUAGAGUUCGAUGCGAGUCCAAUGGAGACAACGCUGCGUCGCAGCUUUGAUAACACAAUUGUGGCAGCCAAUUGUACCUCGACUCCUAUGUUGCCGCCGCCAAGCACAUCAUCGCCUGCCACAUUGCCCUCUCAUCUGCUGGAGCUGAAUACCUUUGCUGAGAUGCCACUAGAGAAACUCAGCUGUGUGCCUCGCAAUUGCACCUUUUUGCUUUCGGCCAAUCCGCUCAUCGUGGAAUCACAGGAAUUGGCCUCCACCAUGCAAUUGGCUCCUGGUCAUUUGCUAACCCCCGUUGGGGCUCUGCAGGAAGUACGUAAACGCAUUUUGUGGGCGUCAGCAAUUGCUGAGCACACAUCCGAUUUGAAAUUGAAUUUGGAGACAAUAAUUGUCGAUCCACACGGUUUGAAGCUGAGCGCCCGUCGCCAGCACGAGGAAAUCGUACAGCUGCUGGAUAAUAUCGAAUCACUGGGCACUAAGACACAGCAUCAGCUGCACAGGAUCAAGCGAAUCUAUCGCUUCAUAGUAGAGAAUCCCAUGCGUCUGUAUGUGCCGCCCAACAGAUGCUAUAAGAAUGCCAACUUUUCAGUCUACGAAUCGGAAUUCAAUCUAUAUUAUCGCAUGGCGACAGCGGGCGGUUCGAUUAAGUCUUAAGUCUAAGAAACUUUUCUAAUAAUCGUAUUUAAAUGAACCCAGUGUGCUGUCUUAGGUUUACAAGUUUAUAUAAAUUCAAAUUCACAUU